UGGACAUGGCUUUCUCCGACAUACUUCACCUCUUGCAAGUGGAAACUUCGAGGCAACGGCAGUCGUCUUGCACGCAUGCGGUGUAGUUGUGAUCACGGAGAUUCUUCGGGACCCAUGGUGAUAUUAGCUCCCGUCGACAGCUCGCGCUCACUUGCAUUCUUCCCACCACACGCACCAGUAUGGCUUGCGCGACCGCACCAUGCCGUCCCCUCCGCUUCCCGCGUCCGCCUACGACGCGCUCGGGCUCUCCGAGGAAACGGUGAGGAUCGCGACUACGCCCCGCCGAUCGCCCCCGACCGUCGCGUCGCCGAACUUGCUGCAGGACGCGCAGGAGCCUGAACCGCGGCUUGCUAUGAACGACAGCGCCAUCGUGCUCUACGCGGAGCUGCUCCUGAACAUCCGGACGGUUACGUUGUUCGCGUCGCUCCGAACCGAAUACACGCGCGAGACGAAGGCGAGGCUCGAAAGCAAUGGGUGCGCCGUGACCGUCACACACGAGGGCACGUCAGCUACGAUCAAGCUCCCGAUACAGGUGCAAGGAGGGGGCGACGCAGCGCUGUCGCUGCCCGCCAAUCCGCCGAGCAAGGACCUGACGCUGCGGCUGCAGAUCGAAGAGAAAGAAGGCUCGAACAUGCUCGGGGCGCUGCUGUCCGAAGACCGCAAGGCCAACAUCGUGCCGUGGGAUGGCGCGUCGCUAAACGGCGCGACCGACGUCACCAUCCACUGCAAGAGCUGCGAGAGAGUUAUUGUGCCGGCCGGCGUGGUACGCGAGUGGAGAGACCUGCCCAACGAGAACUGGGCCGAGAUGAUGGACUUCUGGCACUGCCACAAGCCGGACGAGCACCACCUGCACGACCACGCGAACGAGGAGGCCAUCGGGAACAAGGGAUAUGCCGCCAGUAACAGGCUACAGGCCGCGAAAGGCAUAGGCUUUGUUGACCUGGGGAGCUUCUUGCUCGACGAGGGGGACUGCACAGGCAUCGAGACCUCACCCACCGCCCUCCACUGCACGCACUGCACUUUCCUCCUCGGCGCUCCCGACCCCUCUUCUUCCGGCCACCGCAUCUGGAAAUGGUGCAUCGGCGUCUCCACGCCUACUCCACAAGCUCAACCUCAGAAACCACUUUCCUUCCCCCCUCAGCACUGGAUCGCAGCCCGUCUCCUCCACCUCAUCGAAAACCAAAACGUGCGCCGCUUCCACGUGCAUCCUCCCCUUCCUCCUUCUCCAUCUCCACCUUCACCGAGCGGGCUCAUGCCUGAACCAGAGCCCGUCCCCUCCCUCCUCUGCUGGGUCUUCACCCCCGACCUGAUUGUCUCCUCUAGCCUCAACACGCGCGGUCCCACGCGCGCCCUGAAAGUCUUCUGGAAGCGGCAAACCUGGGCGCCGCUGCAGCCCGGCGAGGUGGAAAAAGUGGAUGAGGAGGAUGUCGAGGUUGUAGGGGUGCUGUUUGAGGCGCUGGGGCGUGUGUUGGUGGAGAGUCAGGGGGGCAUGCCGGAGAGUGCGCGGCGGUGGGGGGAGUGGGAGGUUGGGCUUUUGGAGCGGUUCGAUAAGCAGCAUGUACGGGCGGUCUCGUGGGUGGAGGGAGGGGGUGGAGAUGAGGAAGAGGGUGCGGCUGGGGAGGCGGGGUAUGAUGGGGAUGGGGAGUUUGAUGGGUGAGGAUGGUGGGGUGGCGUGAGAGGAUAUCGAGAAUGUUGCGCGCGUGGGUGCGUCCGCGGUUUGAAUAAGCGUCGACUUGGGAUCAGAGAUCAAUAUGUACCCUGGCGUACGACUCACGAGCUUACUUCCCAUGUCUACAUAACCGUGCUCCAACUUCAUCUCGCCAGAUCAUGUCAACCCCGACGUCCCGCUCCCCGCGCGUCUUCCUACAUCCAACAACCUUCCUCUUACAGUCCAUCAGUAUUGUAUUGGUAGAGGAGCUACUACACCUCUCGAUCUCGGGUAGCGCUGCACGAUUAAGCUGACGCACGAGGUAUUCGGCCAUUGGCAUUACAUUGUUUUGAAGUCCUGCGGUUCACGGCGAUUAGGGCUCAUGUGG